AUGGAGUCUUGGAGGAGGUGCCGCCAUCUGCUGCCCGAGGCCCUGGGAGCUGCAGGGGUCAGGGUGGCGGUUGCUGGGCUGAGCCUGGGGGUUGCAGGAAGCACUGGGGUCCUGCGGAGAGCAGGAGGCCAUGGGAGCAGCGUGCAUGGAGCCAGGGCAGCCACUGGCAGUCACGGGCACCUGGACGCUGGUGCCUGUGGGAACUGUGUCCCACCCCCACAGCCGGUGUCCUCCCUGGAGCUGGAGGCGCUGCGCCUGAGUCUGAGCGACGCACAUGCAGCACAGCUGGAGCUGACACAGGCCAACCUGCAGAGGGAGAAGGAGGCAGCCCUGACAGAGCUGCGGGAGCUGCUGCGUGGCCGGCACGCCCAGGAGCUGGCUCUGCUGCGCAGCCGGCAGCGGCGGGAACUGGAGCUCGCCAGGGAGGAGGUGGCACACCGAUGCAGCCAGGAGACAGCCGAGCUGAAGGAGAAGUUGCGGUCAGAAGUGGAGAAAAACGUGCAGAUGGUCGAGACCUUGAAGCAAAACUGGGAAUCUGAGAAAGAGGUUUGCUUAGAAAACCUACGCAAAGAACUGUUGGAAAAGCAUCAGUCAGAACUGGAGAAUUUACAAAGCCAGUGGAAGAGAGGGCUGGCAGAGCAGAAAGCUGAGUUGGAGAAUAUUCUUCAAGCCAGAAAUCAGGCUGAGUCUUCCCCGAAGGCGCUGGAGGCCCCACAGGAAGCAGCUGUGUGCAAGUUGCAUUUGCAUGAGGACCUACAGACUGAGCAUGGCCAGCAAGUGGAUGACCUAGAGUUGAAGUUCAGAGAGAAGCAGCUAGAGUUAGAGAACCUGCAGGCAUCAUACGAGGAGCUGAAGGCUCAGUCCCAAGGAGAAAUCAGGCGCCUGUGGUCCCAGCUCGAGUCCACGAGAACGAGCAGACAAGAGCUGAGUGAGUUACAUGAGCAGCUCCUGGCUCGAGUGUCUCACGUGGAAGAAUUAGAACAGCUAAAGCAAGACUUUGAGCAGCAGCAGCGACGGGAGAAAGCUGAGCAUGAGUCCCAGCUGGAGCAGCUGAGACUUUGCUUUGAGGAGAAGUUGAGGGAUGCUGAAGAAAAUCACCAGGAAGAUGUGACUCUCCUACAGCAGCGGCUGUGGGAGAUGAAGGAAGACUGUCUCCUGGAACCUGCGGGAAGCUGUUCAUCCCGUGGAUUUUUAGAAGAAUCAUCUGAGAGAGGAAGAACGGGCCACCUGGGUAGACUGAACCUUCUGGAGCAACAUGAGGUAAAACAUGAUUUAGUUGAAGAUCACCAGGAAGAACUGAAGAAAGCUAAGGAGAAGAUACAGCUAAUGAAAGAAGAAUUCAGGGAAAGAGAAGCAGAGUGGAAAGCUACAAGUGAGGCCUCCAAGAGAGAAGCUGAAGAGAAACUGACCCUGAUGCUGCGCGACCUGAGGGAACAGGCUGAGUCUGAGAAAGAGUCAAUAGUAAACAGGUUCGAGCUUCGAGAAACCGAAAUGAGGCAACUUCAGGAUCGGCAGGCAGCCCAGAUUCUGGACCUGGAGGGGUCCCUGAAGGAGCAGCAGGGCCGCCUGAGGCAGCUAGAGCUCGGGCUGGCUGGGGACGAGUCCCCUCAGUGCAGUCACUGUGGCCGGGAGCCGGGGGGUGGUCUGGCCUCUGCCCACCAUGACCGGGAGCUCACUGUGCUCCACCUGAAGGAGGACUGUGCCCUCCAGCUGAUGCUGGCCCAGAGCAGGUUUUUAGAAGAACGUAAAGAAAUCACAGAGAAGUUCACGGCGGAGCAGGAUGCCGUCCUGCGGGAGGCCCAGGAGACGCACGCCAGUGAGCUCCGGCUCCUUCAGGGGAAGCACCAGCAGCAUGUUCUGUCCUUGACGAUGGAGCUUGAGACAAGGCACCAGGCCGAGGUUGAGGCACUGAAGGCUUCAUUCGAGAGUGAGCAGCGGGCUCUUUUGGAAGCUCGUGUGGCUGAACUGCAGACAGAACAUGCUGCUGAAAUCAGCGCUCUGGAAACCAGACAUUUGUCACACCUGGACUCUUUGGAGUCUUGUUACUUAUCUGAGAUCCAGGGCAUACGGGAUGAGCACAGGCGGGCCCUCGAGCUCUUGCAGUCAGACCUGGAGAAGCAGCUGUACAGAAAGGGUCCUCCCUGUCCAGCAACCCUGACCGGGGAGGUGGAGCACCUCCAGCAGGAGCCUGACGGGGAGCUUCCUCCUGCCAAGCACGGCCCGAGCCUGGAAGUGAGCACUGAAUGUGGGGAUGGCCGAGAAGCCCGUCAGGGUGGCCUGGUCCCUACAGAGGCUGAGGCCCAGUGUCCGGUUCUCCUGGCCACACUGGAGAAGGAGAAGCAGCAGACUGACCAUCAGGAGGAGACAGGGCUGCUGAAGUGCCAGGCGGAAGCAUUGCCAGGGCAGCAGAUCACACCGCUAAAGCUGAAAGACCCGAUUUUGUCCAUCAGCCAUGAGCUGGAAGAGCGCCGCUCGGAGCUGGAGCAGCCGCAGCAGAGGCACGAGGGGGAGAGCCGGGAAGGCUCGCAGCUCCUCUGGCUGCUCCGUGCUGACCUGGACCGGGCUCACCUCGAGAGGAGAGCUCUCCAGGAGGGCCUGAGGAGGCUGCUGGACUUGUUUGGAGAGGUGCUGAAGGCUGCCGCUGCCCUGAAGAGCCGCAUUGGUGAGCAGGUGGGGCUGUGCCUGGAGGAUGAAGCAUCUGCAGUGCCGAUGCUUGAGGACACCUGGCCUGGUUCUGAGGCGGCCCUGCUAGACCUGGAGAGAACUUUGCCUGAAUGUGCUGAGAUGUCAUCAGUGGCUGAGAUCAGCAGUCAUGUCUGUGAAAGCUUUCUCAUGAACCCGGGAAGCAUGCUGGAGUGUGAGCAGACAGUUAGGAGGGCACACCAGAGCCUCGGCCGGGCGGUGGACCGUCUCCUAGAGAUGGUCCUGGCCUCCACCAGGCAGCUGGAGGAAGCCCGGCAGAUUCAUUGUCGUUUUGAGAAAGAGUUCAGCUGUAAGAAUGAGGAGACAGCGCAGGUUGUCAGAAAGCACCAGGAGCUGCUGGAAUGCCUGGACAAGGAAAAUGAGGCCAAGACGCGGCUGACGCUGGAGCUGCACAAGGCAGGGGGCAUCGUCGAGGGGCUCAAGGUGGAGAGGGCCAGCCUGCAGGAGGCCCUGGGCCGGAAGGAGAUGUCCGAGCAGUGCCUCGUGGCGGAGCUGGAGAGCCUGAAGCAGCGUUUGUGGCAGGUGGCCCAGCAGCAGGCCGCGCUGGGGGCGGAGAACACUGCCCUGCGGAGCCGGGAGGAGGCCUGGGCUGCGGGGGCCGCACGGGAGGCAGGCACCCCUGGGACUGUGGCACACAGGGAUUCAGCGCUUCGGAGGGAAGUGGAAUGCCUAACCAAGGAGCACACGGAGACCAGGCAGCAGUCUGAGAAGGACCGCUCAGCGCUGCUGUCCCAGAUGAAGGUUCUUGAGGCCGAACUGGAGGAACAGCUGGCUCGACAUCAGGCCUGUGCACGGCAGGCCGAGGAGCUCUGCGCACUGAGGCAGCAGAUGGAGUCUCUGGACAAGCACCUGCGGAGCCAGCGGCAGUUCAUGGAUGAACAGGCCGCGGAGCGGGAGCGCGAGCGGGAGGAGUUCCAGCAGGAGAUCCAGAGGCUGCAGGGGCAGCCCCAGGGCCCCCACCACGGCCCCCUGCAGCAGGCGCCACUGGAUGAAGAGGUUGAAGUGUUACAAGAAAAAUUGAGAGAAAAGUCAGAAGGACUUAAUGAAUUGCUUAGAAAGAAUCAAUUGGCAGAUAGACAAGUGUUGAUGCAGGAGGAAGAAAUUAAACGUCUUGAGGAGACGAAUGCUGACUCGAGAAGACAGGUGGUCCAGCUCCAGGAAGAGCUGGAGAGACAGAGAAGAGCCCUGCAGGAAUCUGAGCAGGAGAAAGAGGCGUUACAGGAGCAGCAGCUGAGCAAAGUGCCUCUGAUGUCCACACUGCAGUCUGAACUGGAUGGGGGUCCUGUGGGCGGUCUUUCUGAGCACCCUGACGGAGAGCUGGAGGCUAUGCGAGGGGCGCUCCUGCAGCCAGAGGGCGAGGCAUUUCUGCAGAACAAAGAAAAGGAGAUAAUGUGUAUGAGAGAGCAGCUGGCUGGGAUGGGGAGCAGUGUGCUCAGUGAGGUUAUGUGUAACAGAAGUUCUGAAGUUGAGGAGCUGAAAUCCAUUAUUGAGAAUCUGCAGGAGAACCAAGAACGAUUACAGAAGGAUAAAGCCGAAGAGAUCGAACAGCUCCAUGAAGUCAUCGAGAGGCUGCAGAGAGAGCUGUUCCUCGGGGGCCCCGUAGUGCAUGAAGUCAGCGACUGUCAGGCUGAGAACCUCCGGAGCGAGCUGGAGCAGGGGCUGCUGUGCCUCCGGUCGGAGGGAGCCGAGGCCCAUGCCGCCCUGGAGGGCGAGCUGCAGGCUGCACUCGCAGCCAAGGAGGCCAUGAGCCGUCUGCUUGCUGAGCAGGAGUGCAGACACAGCCAGGCCCUGGGGGCCCUGCGGGAGCGCCUGCAGGCCGUGGAGGACGCUGCUUCGCAGCAGCUAGCUGAGCUGGGGUGCAGUGUGUCCCUCCGGGAGGCUGAGGUCCAGGGCAUGGCCUCCCAGAUCCAAGAGUUUGAGGCUGCUCUAAAAGCAAAGGAAGCAAAGAUUUCAGAAAGGGAUUUAGAAAUUGACACUAUGAAGAAACAGAAGUUGGCCCACUCCAUUGAGCUGGGGACUGUCCUGUUGUCCUUUGCUCACUUGUGCCGCAACCUGGAACAGCAGCCUCUCAAUGAGCCCCCUGAGCUUCAGUGGCUCCAGGUGCAGUGUGUCCGCCUCAGCCACCAGCUGCAGGUGCUGAGCCAGCGGUUCCUUGGGUGCCAGAAGGAGAUGGACAAGCAGCAGGCAUGCAGGGCCCAUGUGGAAGGCAGCAGCCAGGGACAGGUCCCCAGGGGUGAAGAGGCCUCGUGCGAUGAAGAGUCAGGACAGGAGGUGAGCUUGCCCGGUAGCUCCGGCAGCUCAUCCCACAGUGAGGGGACAGAGCCCUUAAAGACCACCCUCCGGGCAGUGGACCUAUCCUCCUGGAGCUCCCCUGAGGUCGUGAGGAAGGACUGGACCCUCGAGCCCCCGCCCAGCCUGCCCCUGACGCCUUGCUCCGAUGCCCUGAGCCAGUGCAGCCUGGAUGCCACCCUGCAAGACAGGAUAGAUGCCUUACUGCUCCCGUCUGACCAGUCCCAGGCACUCUGUUACCCAGGCAGGUCAGCAUCCAGAAAGGCACCUGGGUGGGCAGCGUCUCUGCUGGCCACAGUCAGGGCUCCCUUUGCUGACCAGCACGUGCAGUGGACAGCUGUGCAAAAGUCAGCAUCGUCUCCUGGGCUGGCGGGAAGGCCUGGCGGCAGUGCAGUGCGUGAUGGCUUGGGGUUUGGAGAGAUCCUGAACCGAGGCUCAGGAGGACUCGGAGCUCCCACUGCUGGCCCUGCAGUGCCUCUUCCUGCCUCUGGAAGGUUCCAGCAGCCUGUGGAAACCAUGAAGGAGAAGGAAGUCCACCCCCAGCAAGUGAAGGCUUUGCUGCAGAUGGUGUGUGAUGAGAGCCGCCACAUAUUGGCCUUGUCCGAAUGCUGCACACCUGCCAGUGCCCCGAGCGAGGGCAAGCCGCACAUGGUGCUCGAGUGCAUCCUGAGGGAGGCCCAGGGCCUGCUGGAGGCUGUACCCCAAAAGGGAGAGAAGGAGCCUCCUGACGUGAGCCUCACCUGGAGAAGGGAAUUCCUGCAGGGGGCCCAGCAGGUGUUUGGAACAGAGCAGGACACGCUGCCAGCCAAACUGUGGCCCUGGAUCUGCAGCUCCGACCCUGGGGACCCCGGCUCCUUGCAGCUGAGGCGGCAGCAGAUGGUGUGGGGGCGGGAGAAGCCCUCGGAGCACCUGCCUCUCUCAGACAGGAGCAGCUUGCUUGGCGAGAUCCAGGCUCUGCGUGCCCAGCUGCGGAUGACGCACCUGCAGAACCAGGAGAAGCUGCAGCAGCUGUGUGCAGCCCUGACCAGCGCACAGGCCCACGGAAGCCAGCAGGAGCGCCAGCUGCGCAGACAGGUUGAGUUAUUGGCAUAUAAAGUUGAGCAGGAAAAAUGUAUAGCUAGCAAUCUACAGAAGACGCUGGGUGAAGAGCAAGAGAGAGCAAGUGAUGCUCAGAAGCUCCUGGUAGUGGAACAGAAGGCAGUCAGGGAUUUGAGGUCUGAGCUCUGUGAGUGUAAAGAGGACAAUGAAAGGCUGCUGGCAUCCCUCCACAGCACGCAGAAGGAGGUGCUCCAGCUGAGGUCCACACUGGACAGCAAGGAGAACAGCCUGCAGGCUGCCCUGCAGGAGCUGGAGGGCGGGCGUGGGAAGGAGCGUGCCCUGCAGAGCCGGCUGGAGGAGGAGCAGCUGCAGCGCCUGCAGAGCGAGGCACAGAGCACCAAGGCCCUGGAGGAGUUGAGAAAGUCCUUGGAGCAGGAGUGUGCUCAGGGUGAGCGGCUGCGUGUCGCGCUAGAACACGAGCGGACGGCCAGGGACAACCUCCAGAAGGAGCUGCGGAUCGAGUCCUCGCGCUGCGAGGCGCUGCUGGCCCAGGAGCGCGGCCGGCUCUCCGAGCUGCAGAGGUCACUGGCGGCCGAGGAGGGCCGGUCUCUGGAGCUGUCCGAGGCUCUGCACCAUGAGCGGCUCCUGACGGAACAGCUGAGCCGCAGAACACAGGAGGCACGCACGCCGCACUCUCUGGGGUGGGAGCUGAAGGGCCUGCGGGCCGCGCUGGAGGCGGCACGGCAGCAGGAGGCCCAGGCGCAGCGGCGCUGCGAGGAGCUCCGAAGAGAGAAGGAGCGAGAACUCGAGUUACAGUGCCAGAGAGAUGAGCAUAGGAUCCGGCAGCUGCAGCGGACGGUGAGGGACCUGCAGGCCAGCGUAGAGGCCCGUGCCUCCCCAGACUCUGAGCGCAUCCGAGAGCAGCAGCAGGGCCUGGAGAAGACUCGGCAGCAGCUGCUCUGGGUGGCUGGGCUUCUGACCAGCUUUAUCAGCCAGGCUGUGGACAGGACAAUCAAUGAUUGGACAUCAUCCAAUGAGAAAGCAGUGGCAUCUUUGCUGAGAACAUUAGAAGAACUCAAGUCUGAACUGAGUGCCACAGACUCCUCACAGAAGGAAAUGACAGCAGAGCUCCAGGUCCGGCUGGUGGACACGCUGCUGCAGGACAAUGACUCCCUCAGGAGGAGGCUGGGCGCAGGGAGCCGGGGAAAGGCGGGGCUGCGCGGGGCUGCGUCCAGGCCCAAGGAGACCCUGCAGGCAAUACGUAGGCCAGACAGGACAGCUCCGCGGAGCCCCUGGCACCCUGAGCCCGGGCGGUCCACACCGGCUGCGAGCGAGGAGGCCAGCGCCAGCAGUAUCAAGAUGGAAAAAUUGUACCUGCAUUAUUUGAGAGCAGAGAGCUUUAGAAAAGCUCUGAUUUACCAAAAGAAGUACCUUUUACUAUUGAUUGGUGGAUUCCAGGACUCUGAACAAGAAACACUCUCAAUGAUCGCUCACCUGGGAGUAUUUCCUUCCAAAGCAGAUAAGAAAACUGCCACAUCUCGGCCCCUUACGAAGUUCCGAACUGCUGUUAGGGUGGUGACUGCAACAUUAAGGUUGCGAUUUUUGGUUAAGAAAUGGCAAGAAGUGGACCGGAAAGGUGCUCUCGUGCUCAGCCGAGCCUCCCGCCCAGGGUUCCUGAUGCCGCAGCGGCAGCUGUCUCCACCCAAGACCAGCAAAUCCCCGCCGACCCGGGACGUGUCCCCCAGCCACGCCAGGGGCCCUGUGCCGAGAGCCUCCCCACGCAGGAGGGAGAGAGCUGAUCCAUCCCUGAAUUCAAGAUCAGAAAGGUCCCUGACUGCUUCUCAAGAUCCGGAACGUUCCUUGACAGAGUACAUCAAACACUUAGAGACGAUCCAGCAGAGGCUCGGGGUGGUCCCGCCAGAUUUCACUUCAAAGCAAUCCUGCCACCAGAAGAUUAAACAAUAAAUAAAAUCCUGUGGCUCCUACCUCUGACAAUUCUGUUUGAGAAAAAGACUUGUUUUUCCCCUUUUUCCAAGGAGAGCUUGUUUUGUGCAUGCAUGCUGAGCCGCCCCACAGUGCCAGCCUGCGUGCCGCGCAUCAGGGUUCCACCUCUCUGCAUUGCCACAAAGCCAAAUGGAGUAGUUCCUUUGUGGCCUCGGUGCACGUCUGCCCCUCUCCGUCAUGAGGUGAUGUGUGCUUCACAUGCCACAGGCCCACUCGGUCAUGCUGGCAGGGCCACCCUGCCUGCCUUCUCCCAAGCCAGGAAGGAGAGUGACCGUCAGUGCACAGAUGGAAACCUGGCUUAAAACAAAAGCACAGAGAGAGAAUAAAGCUAAAGCUGCUCCGUGUGAGUGGCCCUUCUACUGUAGUCUAUUGUUUGGUCAGUGGCAGAAAUACACAGAGCUCACGUUCAACUCCUGGAUGGAAGGCUUUUCAAUGACACUUGAAGCUCUCAUCACCAAGAGGGACAAAAGGCCACCUGCCUGUUCCUUAAUCUUGCCCCGCCCCGCUCUGUGUUUUAUUCCUGAGGUGGUGCCUUGGCCAUGCUGCCCCCGGGGCUGUGACCCCUGCCCUGUGCAGUCAUCUGUGCCCACCUGCAUGCCAGCCUCUAGCCACACACCGUCUACCCACAGUCUAUACAGGUGCACUGAAGAGUAUCCCAGUGUUUUCAGUACCUUUCAACCCGACAUUUAUUCUGCUGGGCUCAGGUUUUAAUAUGAAACAACUUCUUAAAAUCA